CGGCAACAGGUCAGGCAGGCAAAAUGGGGGAGUGGCAGAGGAUCUUUGUGCAGAACCUGACGGUCCCUCCCCACAACCAGAGGCGUUGCCACCCACCACCCCGGGAUUCAAAGGCGUUCCAGUGUAUCCUGAAGCAAGUAGAGGGAAAUAUAAUGAAACAGAGAGCGCCGGAUAAUACGUCGGACGUCGAAUUCCAGCUGCGGCUUUCCCUCUUCGACGUCGCUUACCACCAUUUUUUCGGAAAGACCUGGAGGAGCGCGACGAGGCCCCUUAAAGUGGUACCAGGCCAGCCUCCCACGGUGGUCUUCAACGAGACGGUCUAUUUUCAUACCUCUUUGGAUCAUCCCAGCAUCAUCCUUGUCGUAGAAGUUGUGGCUUCGGUCAGGAGACAGGACGGGACCCACCAGGAUCUGUCGUGCGGCUUUGGAAUCCUGCGUUUGUUUGACAGCAAGUCCGAGCCAACAAAUCUGGACCUGAGGGACAAAGGGCUCAGUUUGUAUCACGGGACUCCUCGAGCCCUACUGCAUCCGCUGCUCCAGGAGCCGGUUGAGAAGAAUGCACAUCUGACCAUGGUGGACGGCAGCCGCCUUCAGUGUGCCUUGCAACCACACCCGCUCCUGGAAACGGUCGAUCACCUCCUUCCAGAGAACACCCUCGUGUCCAGCCUGCAGAGAAUCCCCGGUGUGUUGGCAGCUCAGGAAGAAGACGUCUUCCAGAAACCACGGCUCAUGAAGACAGUCACGUGGUACUUGGAGAAGCUAUCCAUCCACCUGUACCCUUCAUUAGAGAAAUUUGAGGAGGAACUGUUGGAUCUGCUCAUGAGUGAUCAGAGUAACUCGGCGCUGCACGGGACCACCCUCACUGUGCAGGAGCGACGGCUGCACAUCGGGGCGCACAACGGCUUUUGCUUCGUGCAGCCCCCGCAGGUUGUGGUGGUGGUGCCAGAGACCGAGGUGGCCCGGGGACAUUUCGGAAGCUUGCACAGGAAACCAGGGGCCAGUAACAAACUCAGUUCAGAGGGACAAGCUCUCGUCUUGAGAAGUCGCAUCCAUUUGACGGAGAUGGUCCGUCACCCAGCAUUCGGAGUCGUCUUCCAGCUGGAGUACAUCUUCUCUGCGGCGAGCGGAGUGGAAGGGAAGACCUCAGCUACUUCUCUGACAAUGCCGGCUUACAUGCAUUCCAUUCGCUGGGCGGUUUGGAACCCCUCGCCGGACGUGAGCUCCUCCGACGUGAUCCUCCCUCUGCAAGGAGGAGCCCGGCAUAACCCCAGCCACGUGUUGGUUUACAAGACGCCACCAGCUUCCAUGAGCUCUGAAGAGGUGAAGCAAGUUGAGUCUGGAACGAUCCAGUUCCACUUUUCUACUGGCUCUGAUGAAGGACUCAGGACUGCUACAAAACCCUUGAGCAACAUAAAGGCAGAGCUGCCUCUCUCCAAGAAUCCUCCUACGUCGUCCCCCAGGUCUCCGCCUUCUCCUCGGCUGUUAGCAUCCGCUCAAGAUUAUUCCCAAGGGCCUGGGCUGUCCAUCUCCCAGCUCUCGGUGUCUCCAGAGAACCGGGCCUCCAAACCUCCGCUGCCGCCCUCUAACAGAUCUGUGCUGUCCUGUUCCUCGGAGGUUCAGGAACGAGCACACGAGGACAGCCCACAGGGAGGCAUCAGCCAUUUGGAGUACGACCUCAGCUAUAGUGCACCGGUUCAGGAAUCCUCGUCCAAUGACCAGCUCCAGGAGUUGCCAUUCACACCAAUCCACAUGCCCAUUAUGGCUCUUGGGGCACACUCAGGAAGCUCUAGCACCGCCCUCACACGGGCUUCUCUUGCCCGCCUGCGGGCAUCGGGAUGUCCUGAGAUCCUGGAUUGCAACAAGGAGCCUGCCCAAGUCGUGGAUCCUGCAGAGCCCGUGAACGUCGACCCGCAGCGAGAAGAAGCGGACCUCUUGCAGAGCAACGAAAUCGUCUUUCAGUUUCUCGCUUUCACCAGGGCCACUCAGGACGGCACCACUUCAGCGAUGUGGUCAAAAACCAUCUAUUUCACCUUCCAGUUUUACCGCUUCCCUCCAGUCACAACACCACGGCUGCAGCUGGUCAAGGCAGAUGGCUUUGGGACUGUUCCUUCAGGCGCUUCGUCUCACAUCUUGGUGCAAAUGAACCAAGAUGGGACCCCGAACCUUGGUUCCCCAGGUUUGAAGGUGAAAUACAUGGUGGACCCUAGUUCUCUCAAGCCAGGAGAGCAACGGUGGUUUAUUCGUUACGUUGCGGAGCAUUCCCUGCAGAUAGAUGCCUGGGAUGGAGAUUCCUUGCUUCUUGUUGGAUCGGCCGCCGUGAAGCUGAAGCACUUGCUCCGCCAGGGCCGGACGGCGGUUCAAGUCCACCAUGACCUGGAGGUCGUCACUAUGGAAUACAAGCAGGAUGCGCCAGUGAUGAGCGGGGAGCUUCUCAGGCCUGGGUGUGUGAAGCCUAUCGGAAUCCACGCUGUCAUGAAAGGCAGGCUCCAUCUGAGCCUGGCUAACGUCGGCCACCUGUCUGAGCAGAGGCUGAGGAAAUCGAGCUCCUUGCCGCCUUCCCGUUCCCGGAUCGUGGCCUCGCAUGACGGAACUAGCGGCUUUCGAGGGGGCAGCUUGCUCUCUAUCAACGCUCACAGCUCUGGAAACGUGUGCCAGGCGCAGAAGCUGGCCGACGUGGACAGCGAACUGGCAGCCAUGCUGUUCUCCCGCUUGCGCGAAGUCAGCACGGCCUUCCAGCACACCCACCGCGAGGCCAGCAUUACCCGGAGGAGGAAGCUGGAGAGGAUGCUCUCCGUGCGGAGGCGGGAAUCUCAAGAAGGAGACGGCCAGAAGAGAGCCAGCUUCAUCAUGGGGCGACACGAGGACCGAAUUCAGCAUUCGCGGGACCUCCAGAUCAUCGAGGCCUACCGGGAGCGCAUCAAAGCCGAGAGCAUUGCCGGCAUGCUGAGCCAGGCUAUCACCACCCAUCACACCCUAUACGCCAUGUUUGGUACCACGGAGUUUUUUGAGUUUGCCCUGAAAAACCCAUACAGUGUCCAGCACACGGUCACCAUUGAGAUUGACAACCCGGAACUCAGUGUCAUUGUGGAUUCCAGAGAAUGGAAGCAUUUUAAGGAACUGACCAAAACCAUCACCCCGCUGGAGGAGGACAUGUUUCAUCUGCAUGAGAACCUGACACCUCAGGUCUACCUGCGCCCCAAGGAGACAGUGCACAUCCCCUUUAAAUACCAAGCCUUCACUACGGAGCACGGAGCCAUGAAGCAGCAAGGUCCCACCGAGCUGACAUUCAGCGACUGCAAGAAGGAAACUGCAGCCCCCUGGAAGUCCGGCGGCAUGCAGACAAAACACAUCAAGGUCUCCUUCACAGCCCACGGCAGCAGCAAGCCCAUUGCCGUCCUCAGUGUUGACGUGGAAUUCCAGCCCCAUGUGAUAGACCAGACCUUCCGCUUCUACCACCCAGAGCUCACCUUCCUGAAAAAGUCCAUCCGCCUGCCUCCCUGGCAUACAUUUCCAGGAGCCCCCGCUGGAGUGCCAGGCGGAGAACCAGAGAUGUACGUGCGCUGCAGCGAUCCCAACGUCAUCUGCGAAACCAAGAAAAUGGGGCCAGGCGAACCACAGGACAUUUUCCUAAAAGUCGCUGGAGGACCGAGCCCACAGAUCAAGAGAUUCUUUGUGGCGAUCUACACGGAUCCCUGGCUGGCCGUCCCAACUCAGAUCUGGCAGUUCUACCUCCACUCGCUGCAGCGGGUCGAUGUUGGCUGCAUGACGGGGCAGCUGACCCGCCUCUCGCUGGUGCUCAGAGGGACUCAAGCCAUUCGGAAGGUGAAAGCGUAUUCCUCGCAGCCACAGGAGUUGAAGGUAGACCCAGAAGGCGUCUUCAUCCUCCCUGCCAAUGGGGUGCAGGAUCUGCACGUUGGCAUCAGGCCUCAGAGACCCGGCAGCCAGUUUAUCUACCUCAACCUGGUGGAUGUUGAGUACCACCAACUCGUCUCGUCCUGGCUGGUGUGCGUCUCUUGCCGACAGCCCCUCAUCUCCAAGGCUUUUGAAAUCGUGCUCCCCCCUGGUGGAGGCAAAGGUUCGAACAAGAGGAUCACGUAUACCAACCCCUACCCGACCCGGAGGAUGUAUUUUCUGCACACCAACCGGCCAGACCUCUUGCAGUUCAAAGAAGAUUCCUUUGAGAUUGGCAGAGGGGAGACCUACACCAUCGGCCUGCGGUUCGCCCCCAGCCGGAGUGCCGGUGAGGAGGAAAUUCUGAUUUAUAUCAACGACCGUGAAGACAAGAACGAAGAGACCUUCUGCGUGAAGGUCACCUAUCAGUAACAGGGAGGGUAUGCAGACAGGCUUGGCUUGGCUGCUCUUCUGCUCUCCAGUGAUCCAUCAAA